UGCUGGAACGAUCGGAACUUUUGUAGUGGAAGUCAUGCUAAUGCCAUGGCGUUUUCUGAUUGGUUACGUCAAUCCCCACUUUCGAGUGCCCCCGUUUUUUACGUGUUGCAAGAAACUAUGAUAGUGUUUCACUCCCGUGGACAACCAGUUCAACCAAAAAGAACAGGCCUUGUGUUUGUAUAAUCCACGUGGAGUUAUAGAAAGGAUAUUUGAGGAAAUUUAAAAUUACGAUAUUUCGCUUAAAAGAAAAAUUCUUGAUACCUAGAAAAAUUAUAAUUUUGAUUAUAGUACAUAAAUGAAUAUACAUUUGCAAGCGAUUGUAGUGUUAAAGUUAAAGACGAAUGUGAACUGGAUGUUCUAAAAAUGGUUAGACAUAAUAAUCAAUUACCAGACAAUCUUCCACAACUACAGAAUCUUAUUAAGCGUGAUCCGGAAUCUUACAAGGAAGAGUUUCUUCAACAGUAUCAGCAUUACAAAUCUACUUUAGAAGUUUUUCGUUUGGAGCCUACACAAUUUAACAAAAGUCUUGAUGAGCUAGUAAUCUUCUUGGCUCAGGUAGCCCAUUGUUAUCCAAGCGAUUUAAAAACAUAUCCUCAAGAAAUUGUUGAUAUAUUACAAACUCAUAAUGUCAUACUGGACAAUGAAAUGCGAAUGACGUUUUGUAAAACAUUAAUCCAGCUGCGUAACAAAUCCCUUUUAGAACCUACUGCACUUCUCAGUUUGUUUUUCGAGUUAUUAAAAUGUCAAGAUAAGGUUUUAAGACAAUUUCUUCAAACGCAUAUAAUUACAGAUAUAAAAAAUAUUAAUGCAAAACACAAAAAUGCCAAAGUUAAUGCAGUGUUACAAAAUUUUAUGUUUUCUAUGUUAAAAGACUCUAAUGUCAGAGCCGCAAAGAUGUCGAUAGAUAUUAUGAUAGAAUUGUACAAAAAAAAUAUUUGGAACGACAUCAAGACUGUUAAUGUUAUAGCAACAGGUUGCUUUUCGAAAAUAACAAAAGUAGUAGUUGCUAGCUUGAAAUUUUUCUUGGGAACUGAUCCAGAAGAAAAAGAAAGCGAUGAUAGUGAUAGUUCAGAUGAUGAACCAAGUAUGAAGGAAAUUAUGAUGGCUAAUAAAGUAAAUAAAAAAACAAAGAAACGACAGAAACAAUUAAAAAAAGCUAAACAAUCAUUUGUAAAAGCUAAAAAGAAGAAAUCUUUGGCGCCGCAAUAUAAUUUUUCAGCCUUACAUUUAAUUCAUGAUCCUCAGGAUUUUGCCGAAAAAUUAUUCAAGCAGAUACAAAAUAAUAAUGAUAGAUUUGAAGUAAAGCUUAUGAUUCUAGAUGUUGUCUCUAGACUUAUUGGCUUGCAUAGUUUAUUUCUCUUGAACUUUUAUCCAUAUAUACAACGAUUUCUUCACCCUCAUCAACGAGAGGUUACCAAACUUUUACAGUUUAUAGCUCAGGCUUCACAUGAGUUAGUACCACCUGAUGUAUUAGAACCUGUUUUGAAAACAUUAGUAAAUAAUUUCAUAACAGAAAGAAAUUCUGCGGAUGUAAUGGCUAUUGGUCUAAAUACUGUGCGCGAGAUAUGUACACGGUGUCCAUUGGCCAUAAAUGAGGAUCUGCUUGAAGAUUUAACACGUUACAAACAUUAUAAAGAACGCUCUGUUAUGAUGGCAGCGCAUUCUUUAAUUGGGACAUUCAGACGUAUAAUGCCUGAAUUAUUGCAUAAAAAAGACAGAGGUCGUCCAACAGAGGCCAAUGUUAUGAUAAAGUCUUCUAAAUAUGGAGAAAUUCGAGCAAGCGAAUUCAUACCAGGAGCAGAAGUUUUAUAUGAUCGACAAGCUGAGGAUACUGAAGAAACUAAUGAUAGUGAUGGAGAAGAUGAUGAUGAAUGGAUUGAUGUAAGUGAAAGCGAUGAAGAAGAAAUCAGUGAGAACGAGUCGACAGCCGAAUCAGAACAAACAAUGAAAUCUUCCGCUAUUACGGAAAAUGAAAUUGAUGAAAAUUUAACAUUAUUAGAUAAUGAGAAGAACACUGGUGAAGCAGAUGACAAAAAAAGAAAAACAGAUAAAGUUUCGCGAGAAGAAAUCGCUUUAACGAAACAACAGAAGAAAGCACAAAAAUUGGAGAAGAAAGCAAAAUACAAAUCUGAAAGAAAUGAAGAAUUAACAGCAGAAAGAAAAGCAAAAGCGUCUAAAAUAUCCACUGAGCGAUUAUUCACAGAUAAAGAUUUUAGAAAAAUUGAUGUUGCUUUAGCAAAGCAAGAAAUAACAUAUAUUAAGCGCGGCAUUAAAAGGACGCAUGACCAGAUUGAAACAGAUCAAAAAGGAGAAUUGGUAAAACUUAGUGAUAUAGAGAACAUAUAUAAAAAACGCAAACAUGAUAAGACUGCUCGACAAAAAUCUGUGAAGAAGGGACAAAAAGAGCGAGAUAAAUUUGGUUUUAAGAAUCGACGACAAAAUCCACUAUGUAGUACAACAAAUCGUGAGAAGAAAAAAACAAAAGCAUUUGGAAUGCUGAAACAUAAAUUAAAAGCAAAGGUAAAACGAUCUUUCAGAGAUAAGCAAAUAGCUCUUAAAAAUCAUUUAAUCAAACAAAGAAAGCUGAAAUAAUAUAUCGAAUAAUUAAUUUUUAUAUUCUAUUUUUUCUUAAGAAGAAAUUAAUUAUGUAUAUGUAUAUAUACAAAAUAAAUACAUGAUUUUAA